GAGGAACGGCCCCGCGGCCCCUCUACCGCUAGCGAUAACGGAAAUAUCGCUCUCCUGUCCAAUGAAAUGCCACAUACUUAGCCCGCAUGGGGAAGGACCUUAGCUGACGCCUGGCAGACACCUCGUAUUCCUAGCACUCUCGGAUUCUAGCAACACUCGUUUGCAUCAUGAUCCACAGACCACCUUCCUCUGUGGGCGACCGUGAUGCUCGCAUGUCGACGCGACCGAACGCCAUCAUAAUGCCGCGACCACAAAUACCGAAAGUGCGCCGCUCGCUCGGUCGUCUCAGCACUCGCUCACUUUGCUAAAGUCAAGAUGUUGUUCAAGAGCCUUGUCGUACUUACGGCCGCCCUGACCGGCGUUCAUGCUGCGCCAGCAUCACACCGUGUUCUUCACGAAUCACGUUCGACGCCAGUCACAUCCUGGCAGAAAUUAGGCACUAUCGAUGCUCGAACAGUCCUGCCCAUGCGUGUUGGACUCACGCAGAGGAAUAUCGAGGCCGGCCGACGAGCGCUGAUUGACAUAUCGCACCCCGAGUCGCCUAAGUACGGCCAGCACUGGACAUCUGAAGAAGUCGUCGACUUCUUCGCUCCUUCUGCGGAUGCUGUUGCUGCAGUCCGGGCCUGGCUUGAGGAAUCAGGCAUCGCUUCCGACAAUAUAGGACUAUCAGCCAACAAGCAAUGGCUGCAGUUUGAUGCUACGGCAGCUGAGGCGGAGAAGAUAUUCCAGACGAAGUACCACGCCUACGAGCAUACCGGAACUGGAAAGACCAACAUUGCUUGCGAUGAAUACCACGUCCCGGCUGCUAUCCAAAAGCAUAUCGACUACAUCACUCCUGGUAUCAAGCUUACCACGGACUCUGGUCUCCCUGUGCCUAAAGCUUUUGUGAAAAAGAGAGCUGAAGGUGCCAUGAAAUUCAAGCGACCUGUUCUUACUAUGCCCAUGCCCACGAACGUAGAUGGCAACAAGCUCGAGCUCCAUAUGCUUGCUGCGAUUGCGGAAGCCAACUUGACCAACUGCAACAACGUCGUAACCCCACCUUGCAUUGCUGCCUUGUACAACAUUCCAAAGGGUACCAAAGCAACUCCCGGAAACGAACUUGGAAUCUUCGAAGACUUGAAUGAUGUCUUUUCUCAGGAAGAUCUUGACGCUUUCUUCACGCUUUUUGCACCAUACAUUAAGAACGGUACACAGCCAAAACUGGAUCUCAUCGAUGGUGCAGUUGCACCCGUCCCUCCUGCAGUGGCUGGGCUUGAAUCCGCGCUCGACUUCCAGAUCUCGUACCCGAUCAUCUACCCUCAGAACUCGGUUCUCUUCCAGACUGACGACCCUGUAUACGAGAGGAACUACACGUUUCAAGGAUUCUUAAACAAUUUCUUUGACGCAAUCGACGGAAGUUACUGCUCCUUCAGCGCAUUUGGCGAGAAGGGCAACUCUCCAUUGGAUCCCGUGUAUCCGGAUCCCAGCAACUCCCCCGACGCUUACAAGGGCAAAUUGCAGUGCGGAGUGUACAAGCCUACUCCCGUCAUCUCCAUAAGUUACGGUGGUGCUGAAGCCGAUCUUCCGAUCAGCUACCAGCGUCGUCAAUGCACUGAGAUCAUGAAGCUUGGCCUGCAGGGGGUCAGUGUCAUUAACUCUUCUGGAGAUUCCGGUGUCGAGGGACGCGGAGGUGACCCUACUCCUGGCAACUGCCUCGGGAAGGACAACACCGUCUUCGCGCCUCAGUUCCCUGCUACGUGCCCAUAUGUGACCGCCGUGGGCUCCACUGUUAUCCAGAACACCACCUCGUUCGAGCCUGGCAACGAGGUUCCUACCACGCGUUUCGGCUCCGGUGGAGGUUUCUCCAACAUCUACGGUCGCGACCUCGAGGCUCCGUGGCAGAUCCUCUCGGUGGCUGGCUACUUCGCGCAGAAGCCCGUCAACUACCCCUUCUACCAGACCGUCAACAACGCCAGCUUCAACGCCAACGGCGGCAUCUACAACCGUGCCGGCCGCGGCUACCCCGACAUUUCGGCGCUUGGUGACAAAAUCGCUAUCGUCGGCAAAUCUCGCCCUCUUCUCAUUGGAGGCACGUCUGCCUCUGCACCGCUUUUCGCGUCCAUCCUCACGCGCAUAAAUGAGGAACGACUGGAGAGUGGUAAGAGGACUGUUGGGUUUGUGAACCCGGUGCUUUAUGCCAACCCCAAGGCUUUCAACGAUGUUACCACGGGUUCGAACCCUGGUUGCGGUACUAUCGGGUUUCCGGCUAAGAAGGGCUGGGACCCGGUCUCGGGAUUGGGAUCGGCCGAUUACGGCAGGCUGAGGAAGGUUCUCCUUGCUCUGCCUUGAUCAUGAAGCACACAGAUCCGCUAAUAUGUACAUAAUCCUGCCAUGAUGAACACGAACAGAGUUACUGUGGCAGUAUAUUCUAGAAAGGUCAUAACAAUACAUACCU